UGAGCCUGUCCGGCGAGCAGCGGAUGUGAGCAUGACUCAGUGGCUGACAGGAAGCCCGUCACCUCGCCUGCUGCCCGCCAGUCUGUGGCGUUGGCGGCAGUUCGGGCAGGUGUGCGGGUGCAUGUGUGGGCACAGGAUGGGGUGGCCGCAGUGAGGCGUCCUGACUCUCAGGGCCUGUUGCAGGCGCCGGUGGGUCACCAGGGCGGACAUGAGCACCGGGACCGAGCUGCUGUGGCUGGGGGCUGCGCUGCUGCUGCUGCUGGGGACCGCGGCCGGGCUGUGUGUGCGCUGCUCGCGCCCAGGGCUGAAGAAGGCCGAGAAGAUCUACCAGCAGAGGAGCCUGCAGGAGAACCGGCAGAGCUUUGCAGUGGCGCGCACGUAUUCCUUGGUCAGGCAGCCCUGGCCAGGGCCACCGACGGGCAUGAACCCUGACAUGGCACCUGCAAGGAAUGAUAAGCUGCUGCACUUCUCCAGCCCCUUGGACGAUCCCGUGUCCCCCAGGUACCAGAACUUCAGCAAAGGGGACGGUGGGGACUCGGAUGCAGCCUACAUAGACCCCAUUGCCGCAGACUACUACAACUGGGGGUGCUCUACGAAGUCCCCAGAAGAUGACGACGAUGCCACCUCCUACGAGAACGUCCUCAUCUGCAAGCCCAGAGCCCUGGAGUCAGGUUAUCCCUGUGUCCCUGUGAGCAGCGAGGAGACUGAGGAUUAUCAGAACUCAGCAUCCAUUCAUCAGUGGCGGGAAUCCAGGAGGGCCGUGGAGCAAGGCCUUAUAGCAGGACAUCCCUGUCCAGCAGGAAGCCCAGAGGAGGAUGCCGGGGAGCCCGACUAUGUGAAUGGGGACGUGACCAUGACUGGGGAGGCCUAGGGGAGACGGGAAGGAAGGAGCCCAGGGAGCCCCAGACCACGGACGUGUCUGCUGUCCUUCAAGGGCCACUUUCCAGUGCUGCUCCACUUUUGGGUCCCUGCCAGGGCUACCCCUGGAGAGGACCCACAGAUGCCCCUGAGGACCUGCUGUCCGUGGGGAACAAUUGUAUGUAAAUAGCCAGAGCUGCAGCCCCAGCCCGGUGCCCUCUCCCAACUGGGACCUCCUCGGGGCAGGCCUGCUGCCACCUGGCUCCUGAGUGACAGCGCCAGGGACGCAGGGUGACGGCACCGUAUCUAACACCAUGCAACACUGGCCUCCGCGUCCUUUCUGCUCUGGAUUUGGAUCCCAAGUUGCUUACUCAUGUGGCUUCUGUGACUUGCUGUGACCACAGGCCUGCAGUUAACUCACCCAGAGGGGACAUACUGACAUUCUGACCACAGGUGGCUUCUCUCCAGUGAGGGCGCCCCCUCCCCUCUGCCCUUUAGUGGGGCUUCUCUUCGCUCUGGGCUUCUGUUCACUCAGGGGAGAGAUGAAGCCAGUGUGGA